AUGGACCCCCUAACGGCGCUUUCAGUCGCGGGUAGCACCAUACAAUUUGUGGAUUUCGGCAGCAGACUAGUCUCAAAGACUCAGAAAUUGUACAAAUCUGCAGACGGUGUCCUGACUGAGCACAUCCAUCUUGAAGUCAUUAUCGCAGAUCUAGGAACCCUGCUUAAAGGUCUGCAACGGAAACUACCCGAACACCGCCAGUUAUACAAUAACCAGACGGUCAUUGAGGAUGAUGAAGCUUUGGACAACUUGUGUCGGCGAUCGGUGGAGAUUGCAGAGGAGUUAAUGCGGCGUCUGGAAAAAUUGAUGAUUAGCCCGCGAACGAGACAAGGGCUGGAUAGUGAGAAUGGGGAACCAGAGUGCGACGUAUUGAAACAACAGAAUCAGUCUGCACUGGCAAAUCUCGAAAGUUCUGGUAAAGUUGACUCCCUUUUGAUGGCGGAUCGGCGCCAAGUUACGCUCGAAAUGUUUCCGGAAAUGGAUGAGCUUUCGGAAAGCGUUGGAGGCGUCAUGGAGCAAGAAGAGUUUCGCCUAUUGGUCUUACUUCGUGAAACACUCGAUCAUCUUUCACUCCAGCAAUCCCACUUGUCGAAUCAGCUCACGCAAUCAACGCAACUCAUUCUAACUAGCUUUGUUAAUGCUCGGGACGAACUUGCUAGCCAGAUCAGAGAUCAAUCAGAGAAGAUAAUCGAGUCUCAGCAUGCCCGGCUAUAUGGUAAAAAUCCUCAACAGCUAGAGGAUUUCUUAAAGGGCAAAUUGGGCCACACCGGAUCGCUACAGCUUCCGAAAGGGGUAAAGACAUCCGAAGAGUACGUUUCGGGCAGUUCUGCUCAUGAUUAUGCCGUCGAAGACGAGAUUCAUACGCUCAUCACUGAGAAUGGAAUCCUCGGGAGCUUAUCGUUCAUCAGUCUAAUGGAUCGCCGGGAGAGUGUAGAGAUACCUUAUGAAAAUACAUUUGAAUGGAUAUACGAAGGCCUUGAAGGCUCCAGAAAACCGUGGAACAGCUUUGUGGAUUGGCUUCGGCAGGGUAGUGGCAUCUACUGGAUCAAUGGCAAGGCUGGGUCUGGCAAAUCAACUCUGAUGCGAUACAUCUACGAGAAUGAUCGCACCAAACAGGAAUUGAAAGCGUGGGCUGGCGCCAUGCCAUCGAUAACCUGCGGUUUCUUCUUCUGGAAGAGCGGAGACGAAUACCAAAGGAGUCAAUCUGGGUUACUCCGGUCUCUAUUGUUUGAAAUUCUACAGAGAGACCGAAAGUUGAUACCAGAGGCCAUGCCCGAGCUUAAGCGAUGCUUUCGAAAUCUGGUUGAUGCCCUCCGAACCAAGCGGGUGAAGGUAUGCCUUUUCAUCGAUGGUCUUGAUGAGUACGAAGGUGAGUACUGCGAUAUUGUGGAACUCUUUGGCGGGUAUGCGAACUCUCCCAAUUUGAAGAUUUGCUUGUCUAGUAGGCCACUACUGGUAUUCGAACAGGCCUUUGCCAACCUACCCAGCCUAAAGCUACAGGAUCUGACAUAUGGUGAUAUCAGCCACUAUGUAAAAGAUCGCUUGUAUGGUCAUAAAUAUAUGGUACAGCUAUCCAAGCAAAAUGCCGCUGAUAUAUCAAGCCUUGUUGAUGAAGUUGUUACAAAAGCUAGCGGAGUCUUUCUGUGGGUCAAGCUUGUGGUGCGGUCAUUGAAGAUGGAUUCAUUUUACCAUGACCAAGCAUCUCGUAUCUUUCAAAUAGUGAAGGUUGCCCAUGAACGAUCACCGGGUAAAUUGACAUUACUCAAGUUAUACUGGGCGGAGGAGGAAGACGAAAUGGCUGCUGAGAUAGCGCCAAUCCAGAAAUAUGGAGAUGAAGAACUUGCUCUUGCGUGUCAGGUGAUGGAUGCCCGUCUCAAAAGCGUUUGUGCCGGUCUUUUGGAGUCGUAUUGCCCUCCUUUCUCGGAUAUCACGCCUGAUGCUAAAGUGGUUUAUAUGCAUCGAACGGUUACUGACUGGCUCGCAAAGCCUCUGGUAUGGGAUACGAUUGUCUCGCAUUCUACAGAAAACCGAAUAUUCAGUCCAACUUAUGCCAUGUUAAGGUCAUGCGUUAUGCAGCUGAAAACAGCCGAAGUCUCGGUUUCUCUCCCACUGGAUAUGAGCAUUAUUUCAGACGCCUUGUACUACGCUAAGGCUUCAGAGUUAGAUCUCAAUGCAGGGUUUCCAGCUUUGCUAGAUCAACUAGAUAUUACAGCUUCAUAUCACUGGCGUACAGGAAAGGCCCACAUUGACAAUGGCCAUGGCAUCCUAGGGGGAGGAAAGCGCAGACGAAAGUCAUCCAUGUCAAAUUGCAGGCCAAAUAUGGUUGCACCAGACAUUGAUGAAUUUUCAGCAAGAAACGCGCGUUUUCCUUCAAAGCCAUUCGCCGAGAUGGAUCUUGAACUUGAUUUGAACCCCGACAAUGAGGAUGCUUUUGCCGAAGAGGAAGACGAGCUAGCUCUGUGCACCACUUCAGAGGAAGGGGCCCUUCAUCAUUGGUCAUACGGGCUUGAAACCCCUGGCAUCAAGCCUAUUGGGAAAGGGUCUACCUUUUACAACCUCGCCAGAGACAUUGGAUUAUCUCACUACGUCUCGAUGAAAUACGACUCAGCAAUCAUUGACGACCAAGAUGUAAACCAGCAUCUUCUCACGCAUUUAAGUUUCAACUGCACCGUACCGGAUCCGCAGCUCAUGGAGCGGGUCCUGAAAGCUGGUACAGACCCCAAUUUCUUAUAUGACGGGAGACCACCAUGGGAAGGCGUGCUAUUGGCUGCGGCAUCUCACUUCAGUAGGCGUGCAGGUUCUCAACGCACCGGAGAUUCCCCGGAAAACGGGCCGGCAAAUGGGCUGAGGUUUUGA